UCGAGUCCGUACAACAGCACAUUGCAAAUUAGCAAAAUUGCUCGGGGAGAAUUUUGUUAAUCCACAUCGUCAUGAAAAGGAGUUGCAUAUCGGAUAGAAACUAGGGUGGUGUUCCCUAUUUGUAUUGUUUAGAGAGUGAAAAGCUGCGCGUGGAAGAACAAGGCACUCAUCUUGGUUUCGCUUCCUUCUCAAGCGACAACCGAACUAGAGAAUUAUUGGAGGUUGGCGAAAUUAAGAACAAAACAUUGUUGAUGCGGUGGCUGGAUAGAAUUGACUUUAAAAAUAAUACGAGCGGCAAUACGGUGUUAAAAUGUAUGGGGAAAAAUUAUUUGGCUAACGCUAGAUGGAGAACAUCGUGAUGUUGCACGGAGAAGUUUGGAUCUUGUCAGCGAAAACGUGAAAAAUGUUAAAACUGACGGUAUCGAAUAUGCAAAUUUCUCGUAUCACAGAGCUUGUUAUUCGGCAUUGACAAAUAAUGUUCACAUCAAACGAGCUCAAGUGCGGUGUCAGGAUGAAAAAAAAGAACGUAAAGCAGUUGAACUCUCAUCUUCUGUUGGUGAAAUUGACGAAACAGAACCAGAAGAAGUUCAACCUUCGAAAAAGAUGCUGCGGUCUAAUCUGGGUUCCGCCUCAACGAGUUCGGCAGUAAGAUCAAGGAAUCCGCACGUGUUGCUGCACAUUUGUAUUAUUUGCAAGAGAGAAAAGUCUUACUUCACUGAAUCGAAACGGUUGAUGGGGGGAAAUUCAAGGAAGCUGCAACAAGGAAAAAUGAUGAAAGUGUUUUAAUACAAAUUGCUAAUAAGGACAUGGUAGCUUUGGAAGUGAAAUACCAUAAACGUUGCUAUGAAAAGUAUACAUCAUUUCUGACAGUCAAAUGAGAAAGAAACAGAAAAACAUGAAUGCAAAUAUGAGAAGUCCUUUGAUGUUUUCUGUAUGGAGUUUGUGAAUGCAAGAAUUAUUAGACAAGAUAAUAUAUUCUACAUGAAGAAACUGACGAAAGAGUUCAUCAAGACUGUGCGACGCGUUGAAAAAGAGGAUGCCUCGAGUUAUAGAUCCUUCCGACUGAAGAAGCGCUUGCGUAAAAGGUUUCCACAACUUGUAUUUCAUAGACCAAAGGUUCGAUCUAAGAGUGAGAUUGUUUAUGCAGAAUGUCUUAGUCAAGCAAGUGUAGCAGAAAGUUUCAUGGGCAAUAAUGAAGAAACAUCUCAGAGCUCACAAGAGUCAGAUUCUUUUGAAAUUGAUGGUGAAGGAUAUGCAAAUAUGCAUGAUAGGAGAGCAACACUGAAAGAAUUGUAUACAGUAGGCAUGACAUUAAAGAGUGAGUUGCAAGACUAAGCAUCCACUUGGUAUGAAAACUGGCCACCACUUGCAUCGGAUAUUACUGCUGAAAAUGUUCGAAAAGUGGCAAAACCUUGCUUGUUUAAUUUUAUGACAUGGCUGCUAGGGUUUUCAGAUGACCCAGAGGAUACUGAUUACAUUGAAUUCGAAGAGAAAACAACAGCAAAGGUUUUUUCUCUAUGCCAAGACUUAGUGUAUGUUGCUAAUAAAGGGAAAGUACAGACACCAAAAUCCCUAGCAUUGGCAAUAGCUGUUCGGCAAAUAUUUGGCUGUUCUGGCUUAUUAAUAUUUUAAAUGGUUUUGGACAUUGUGUAUCACUAUCAUCAACCAUGGCCUAUGACUCUGCAAUUGCUCAAACAACAAUUAACACAUCAAACAUUCUUCAAAGGGAAUUUGUUGCAACCGAGUAUGUCAACUUGGUUUACGACAACAUAGAUUUUGGAGAGGAGAUUGAAAAGCAGACUCAUGUAACCAAUGGUAUCAUUACACAAAGAGUCUCAGUUCAAACACCAUUGAAUUCAUCAGAACACCCAUCAACUGCUAUUAAAAAGACACAACGCACAGUAAAAAUGCCUUCAACUGACAUUGUGCCUUACAGUAUAGGAGUAAAGAUGACACCAGAAUUUCAAACUGUUGAACUGGAUCCUGAAUAUCUAGAACUUUUGUUCAAAGAAGAUCCCGCGAUUAAUGCUUAUAAACUGGACUUAGCAUAUAUUUUAGUAAAGUAUAUAUGUUCUUCAGAUGAGGAAGUAUUGCCAGGAUGGACUGGAUUUAACACCAUGCUUUGUAGUAAUGAAACACCUGAUGUAUCCAGAGUUGGAUAUUUACCAGUCAUUGAUGGAUCCCCAACAGAAUAUUCAACCAUCAACACAAUCCUCACACGGAGUACUGAGAUUGCAGAUAAAUUAGAGCUGAGAUAUGCUGUGUUAGUUUUCGAUGAAGCUGUUUAUGCUAAAGUACAACAUGUUCGCUGGAAAGAAGAGACAUUCUUAAAUCGGUUUGUUGUUAGCCUUAGUGAGUUUCACACCAUCAUGUGUUACCUUUCUGCCAUGUCAAAGAUCUUUGAAGAUGGAGGCUUAAAGGAUGCAUUUAUUGAAUCUGGUAUUGUGAGUGAAGGAUCAAUCAAAGGUAUUCUCUCUGGCAAGCAUUACAACCGGGCUGUGUCAUGUCACAAGAUUAUGUAUGAAGCACUUCAACGUCUAAGGUUUCAAGCUUUUCUGGAUUCCAUGACGGAAAAAGACCAUGCAGGACGAUAUUUCUUCAUUCAUUGAGAGUAUGGCAAAUUCAUUUCCACACGACAAGUUCCUUACUGAUGGCAUUGAAAAUCCAAAGAUGCUGCAAAUAUUACAAGCAUGUGAGUGGUUCAUUAACGAUAUGUGUAGUAAAUCUAGAACAUUUUCAUUUUGGAGCAUGUAUAUCAAGAUGGCAGGUGUACUACUGAUGUUUAUUAGAGCAACAAGAGAAGUAAAUUGGGAUCUCCACUUAGCAGCUUUCAGAGCUAUGCUUCCAUGGUUUUUUAUUUGUGAUAGAGUCAAUUAUUCCAAAUAUGGCUCGGCAUAUAUGCUAGAGAUGACCGCAUUGGAAAGUACGCACCCAGGAAUUCAUGAAGAAAUCUCUAAGAACUUUGCUGUUCAGCGUCAAAGCAGACACGGUUUCUCUGCAGUUGCAUGUGACCAGACAAUAGAGCAGACUACAAACAGGGAUUCUAAAACGAAAGGUGGUUUGAUUGGGUUUUCAAUGAAUCGUUCAACUGUUCAUAGAUGGCUACUCUCGCAAUCAGAAAGAGCUUCAAUAACAAACAAGUGCAAAGAUAUGGCUGGAAAUAGUUGUAUACCAAGAAAUCGCAAAGAUCUUGAUCAUACAAAGUGCAAGCGCCAUGAGAAAUCUGUCAAUGAUGUGAUGAGUACAAUUUCGAGUAUUAUAAACCCAUUUGAAACAGAGCAACAGGAGCUAAUAAGUUUUGGCAAGUGGUGUAAUGGUUGGAAAUGAUGUUGCGGAUACUCUUCUGAACGCAGAGAACAUUGGGGAGCAACAGUUUUUGGAAUUUACGAAAACGAAUUUGUUGAGCGAAGACCCUGACAUCUUUACGAAGUUGAAAAAGAACAAACUUCAGACAUUUUCCUCAACAAAAUCCGUAUAUUUGAACAACAAAGAAGGAAAGAAGGUGAACAUCAUGUUAAACAGAAACUUGUUUGCUCGAUUAUUGGUCAUUGCUAAGAGUCGGCAUGUCGAUCUAAAUGAAUUGCUCUCGUACAGCCUUGGUACAUAUCCUCUUUCGUUGUCUACGGCAACUGGAAGACUUGUGAAAACUGCCUAGUCUAAACUUGCUGAAGUAUUGGAAAAUGAAUCUGGAAAUCCAGAAGUCAAUGUUUGUGCAUUUAACAACAAUGCACUGAUUGUAGAUGCUAUGGCAGUUAUUCAGGCGAUGAAAGGAAAAUGGAAAACAUUUGGCGAAUUUGCAGAUGCUCUUUUAAACAACCUCAUAAUGCUAGCACGAAAGUAUAAUUCCAAACGAUUAGAUUUCGUUGCAGACAGGUAUCCUCUGUUGAGUAUAAAGAAUGCUGAGAGACAACGAAGAGCUGAAAAAGGAGUCCAGAAAGUUCACAUCUUUUGAAAAGAUCAGAGUGUUCCAAAACAGUGGGAAAAGUUUUUAAGUUGCGGUGAAAACAAGGAAUCCCUCAUAUCUUUCUUAUGUGAACACUGGAGGUCAUGUAACUCCUCUCGGUGGUGCUCCAUUUCAACUAUGUACGUAACUGCUGAAGAAAGAUGCUAUGUUUUAAAUCCCGGUGAUUCCCCGAACGAUCGUGUUACCAGUAAUGAGGUGGCUUCGCUUCAUAGCAACCACGAAGAAGCAGACACUCGUUUAAUUCUACAUGCUAACCACGCAGCAGCAACGUACGAUAAAGUUAUUAUCAACAGCUCUGACACAGAUGUUCUUAUACUUGCGAUUGCCAUGCAACAACAGAUACAGAAAGAGAUUUUCUUUUUGACUGGCACGGGAGAUAGACGUCGUUGCGUAUCUGUAGCAAUUAUCUCGAAAUUCUUGGGCGUGGAUGUUGCUCUUUGUUUACCAGGCUUUCAUUAGAAAAUAUAUUUUUUUUCCCGCUUAACGCUUAGGUUGUGACUGUACGAGCUCUUUUCACGGAAAGGGGAAAAAACUGCGUGGAAAACAUUGGCUGAAUUGCCUGAGUUUGUUGAGUGCUUUUCAAUGCUUGGAAGAAACUUCCCUCCUUCAGAAGAUCUUGUCAAUGAGCUGAACAAAUUUACUUGUUUAUUGUAUGGAGACAAAGCCUCAACAAGUGUGGAUGACUCUAGAUAUGCCUUUUUUAAGGCAGGAAAAUGUUCCGAUGACGUCUUGCCUCCAACUUGCGAUAGCCUUGUCCAACAUAUAUAUAGAGCAAAUUUUCAAGCAGCAUCAUGGUAUCAGUGUUUAAGGGCAGAAGUCGAUCUUCCAUCACCUGCUGGCAAUGGCUGGACGCUUGACGAUAAAGAGCUGGAGAUAACUUGGAUGACACGCCCACCCGCUCCGCGAUCUUUAAUUGAGUGUGUUGAGUGUAAAUGCAAGACUGGGUGCUCGACCAUGCGUUGUUCCUGCAAAAAGGCUGACUUAAUGUGCACCGACCUAUGUUCGUGUGGUGAUUGCCAGAAUGCAGUUGUUGAAGAUGGUAAUGACGAUGAUAGCAGUUAUGGCCUGGCUCAAUCUGAUGACGAUGAUGAACUGGAUCUGGAUUUCGGAGAUGGCGAAGAUGAUGAGUUGUGGCAUUAGCUGUCCAAUUGAAAGAGUUAAGUUGAACAUUUUAUUUGUGUCCUAAACUUUUAAGGUGCUCGUAAUUCUCCAACAAUUUAGGGCAUGGGAUAGCAGGCAAGGGUCACGUAAUCUCGCAAGAAAUAUCGAAGUUUUUAUUGUUAAAUGUACAUAUAUUGAUAUUUGGUUGACAUUGAUUUAAGAUAUGCAGUAUGUUGUUUCUGUAUUACAUAGUUUUAACUAGCAAGUUAGUUUAUUAUAAAGGAGAGGAGUAGCAUCAGUGUAUAGGAUUAGUAAGGCUGUAGGAUAAUGCGUUCUUUCAUUAUUUGUAAAAUUCCAGGCCUUGUUGUCUGCCAAGUUUGUGUCUUCUUUUCAGGUCAAAGAAAGAAAGAUCAUCACAAUGGAAGAGUUACCAAAAUUCAAUUACAAGAAGAAAGAGAAGUGCUAGCUUUUAACCUCCAAAAGCGUUGCUGCAGCAUGGGAGGGAGAACACGUUCCAGAUUUUUCCAGACGGGUUUUUCCUGGUUUUCGUGUACGGCUCAGCAACAUGGUAUUAAAACAUCAGGCUGAUAUCAACUUUGUGGAUUGAUGAUAAGAUAAAGGCGUUUGGUAAUCAACUUUUUCAAGAAACUGAGAUUUUGUAAAUAGUUUUGUUGAG